AGAGAGUGGGACAAAGGCAGGAGGGCGAGAGAAGGUGGAUCAUUAACUAGCCGGGAGCCGUGGGAGGUGCAGGGCUCAGCGCCAUUGGUCCCAGACGAGUCAGGCCAGGCUGUCCCUGAUGGGGAGGCUGCCUUGUGUGCACCCCCAGUUUCAGUACAUGAGCUGCCUAGACAAGCACUGUGCAUUCCCAAGAGCCAGGCCUGGGCUGUCUCCGGCUGUCCCCGUGGCCUAGCCCCACUGCCCUCGGACCCCUGCCCUGCGCUGGGAUGGCGGAGGCUGGCCUGAGGGGCUGGCUGCUGGGGGCGCUGCUCCUGCACUUGGCCCAGGGCCAGCCGUACACGCCGAUCCACCAGCCUGGCUACUGUGCUUUCUAUGAUGAGUGUGGGAAGAACCCGGAGCUGUCCGGGGGCCUGGCCCCGCUGUUGAACGUGUCCUGCCUGUCCAACACGCCCGCCGUCCACGUCACAGGCAACCACCUGGCCCUCCUCCAGCGCAUCUGCCCCCGCCUCUACGCAGGCCCCGACGCCACCUAUGCCUGCUGCUCCUCCAAGCAGCUGGUGUCCCUGGAGGCGAGCCUGGCGGUCACCAAGGCCCUCCUCACCCGCUGCCCGGCCUGCUCCGACAACUUCGUGAGCCUGCACUGCCACAACACGUGCAGCCCCAACCAGAGCCUCUUCAUUAACGUGACCCGCGUGGCGGGGGGCGGGGGCGGCCAGCCCCAGGCCGUGGUGGCCUAUGAGGCUUUCUACCAGAGUAGCUUCGCCCAGCGGGCCUACGACUCCUGCAGCCGGGUGCGCAUCCCCGCGGCUGCCACGCUGGCCGUGGGCACCAUGUGUGGCGUGUACGGCUCUGCCCUCUGCAAUGCUCAGCGCUGGCUCAAUUUCCAGGGGGACACAGGGAACGGCCUGGCUCCCCUGGACAUCACCUUCCACCUGUUGGAGCCCGGCCAGGCCCCCGGGAGUGGGAUACAGCCUCUGAACGGGGAGAUCAGGCCCUGCAACGAGUCCGAGGGGAAUGACACGUCAGCCUGCUCCUGCCAGGACUGCGCUGCGUCCUGCCCCAUCAUCGUCCAGCCUGAGGCCCUGGAUGCCACCUUCUACCUGGGCCGGAUGGCAGGUGGGCUGGCCCUCGUCAUCAUCCUCUGUUCUGCGCUCGCCCUGCUCACCGCCUUCCUGGUGGGGACCCGCGUGGCUGCAUCCUGCCGCCAGGACAAGAUGCCGGAGCCCAAGGCAGGCACAAGCCUCUCUGACAGACUCAGCCUCUCCACCCACACCGUCCUUAGCCAGUGCUUCCAGGGCUGGGGCACGUGGGUGGCCUCGUGGCCGCUGACCAUCCUCUUCCUGUCCAUUGCCGUGGUGCUGGCCUUGUCGGGAGGCCUGGCCUUUGUGGAGCUGACCACGGACCCCGUGGAGCUGUGGUCGGCCCCCAGCAGCCAAGCCCGCAGCGAGAAGGCGUUCCACGACCAGCAUUUCGGCCCCUUCUUCCGGACCAACCAGGUGAUCUUGACGGCUCCCAGCCAGCCCAGCUACCGCUACGACUCCCUGCUGCUCGGGCCCAAGAACUUCAGCGGGAUCCUGGUCUCAGACCUCCUCCUGGAGGUGCUGGAGCUGCAGGAGACACUGCGGCACCUGCAGGUGUGGUCGGCCGCCGAGCAGCGCAACGUCUCGCUGCAGGACAUCUGCUUCGCGCCCCUCAACCCGCGCAACACCAGUCUCUCCGACUGCUGCGUCAACAGCCUCCUGCAGUAUUUCCAGAACAACCGCACGCUCCUGCUGCUUACGGCCAACCAGACGCUCAUGGGGCAGACCUCCCAGGUGGACUGGAGGGACCACUUCCUCUACUGUGCCAACGCCCCGCUCACCUUCAAGGAUGGCACGGCCCUAUCCCUGAGCUGCAUGGCUGACUACGGGGGCCCUGUCUUCCCCUUCCUUGCCGUGGGGGGUUACAAAGGGAAGGACUACUCUGAGGCAGAGGCCCUGAUCAUGACCUUCUCCCUCAACAACUACGCCCCUGGGGACCCCCUGCUGGCACAGGCUAAGCUCUGGGAGGCGGCCUUCUUGGAGGAGUUGAAAGCCUUCCAAGAGCGGACAGCUGGCAGGUUCCAGGUCGCAUUCAUGGCGGAGCGCUCCCUGGAGGACGAGAUCAACCGCACCACGGCCCAGGACCUGCCCAUCUUCGGGGUCAGCUACAUCGUCAUCUUUCUGUACAUCGCCCUGGCCCUGGGCAGCUACUCCAGCUGGCGCCGAGUGCCGGUGGACUCCAAGGUCACGCUGGGUCUGGGCGGAGUGUCGGUGGUGCUGGGAGCAGUCACGGCGGCCAUGGGCCUCUUCUCCUACCUGGGCGUGCCGUCCUCCCUGGUGAUCCUUCAGGUGGUGCCUUUCCUGGUGCUUGCCGUGGGGGCCGACAACAUCUUCAUCUUUGUUCUGGAGUACCAGAGGCUGCCUCGGAGGCCCGGAGAGCGGCGAGAGGCCCACAUCGGCCGUGCGCUGGGCAGAGUGGCCCCCAGCAUGCUGCUCUGCAGCCUGUCUGAGGCCAUCUGCUUCUUUCUAGGGGCCCUGACCCCCAUGCCAGCUGUGAGAACCUUUGCUCUGACCUCCGGCUUUGCGGUCGUCCUCGACUUCCUGCUCCAGGUGUCUGCCUUCGUUGCCCUGCUUUCUCUGGACAGCAGGAGGCAGGAGGCCUCCCGGUUGGAUGUCUGCUGCUGCGUUGGUGCCCCGAAGCUGCCCCCACCUGACCAAAGCGAGGGGUUCCUGCUCCAAUUCUUCCGCAAGUUCUAUGUCCCAUUCCUGCUGCACCGGCUCACGCGCGUGGUUGUGCUGCUGCUGUUCGUGGGCCUGUUUGGAGUGGGGCUCUAUUUCACGUGCCACGUCAGCGUGGGACUGGAUCAGGAGCUGGCUCUGCCCAAGGACUCAUACCUGCUGGACUAUUUCUUCGACCUGAACCGCUACUUUGAGGUGGGGGCCCCCGUCUACUUUGUCACCACGGGGGGCUACAACUUCUCCAGCGAGGCGGGCAUGAACGCCAUCUGCUCCAGCGCAGGAUGCGACAGCUACUCCUUGACCCAGAAGAUACAGUACGCCACCGAGUUCCCCGACGAGUCUUACCUGGCCAUCUCCGCCUCCUCCUGGGUGGACGACUUCAUUGACUGGCUGACCCCGUCCUCCUGCUGCCGCCUUUAUGCCUUUGGAGCUCAUAAAGACGAGUUCUGCCCCUCGACUGUCAACUCCCCGGCCUGCUUGAAGAACUGCAUGAGCUUCACGUUGGGCCCCGUCCGGCCCACAGACGAGCAGUUCCACAAGUACCUUCCCUGGUUCCUCAGCGACCCGCCCAACAUCAAAUGUCCCAAAGGGGGACUGGCAGCGUAUAACACCUCCGUGCAUUUGGGACCCAGUGGCGAAGUUUUAGCCUCGCGGUUCAUGGCCUACCACAAGCCGCUGAGGAACUCGCAGGAUUACACGGAGGCUCUGCGGGCGGCGCGCGCGCUGGCGGCCAACAUCACCGCCCACCUGCGGCAGGUGCCAGGCACCGACCCGGCCUUUGAAGUCUUCCCCUACACGAUUACCAACGUGUUCUACGAGCAGUACCUGAACGUGGUCCCCGAGGGCCUCUUCAUGCUGGCCAUCUGUCUGCUGCCCACCUUCAUCGUCUGCUGCCUGCUGCUGGGCAUGGACCUGCGCUCGGGCCUCCUCAAUCUGUUCUCCAUCGUCAUGAUCCUCGUGGACACCGUGGGCUUCAUGGCCCUGUGGGGCAUCAGUUACAACGCCGUGUCACUCAUCAACCUGGUCACGGCAGUGGGCAUCUCCGUGGAGUUCGUGUCCCACAUCACCCGCGCCUUUGCGAUCAGCACCCGGCCCACCCGGCUGGAGAGGGCUAAGGAGGCCACCGUCUUCAUGGGCAGCGCGGUGUUCGCUGGCGUGGCCAUGACCAACCUGCCCGGUAUCCUUGUUCUGGGCCUGGCCAAGGCGCAGCUCAUCCAGAUCUUCUUCUUCCGCCUCAACCUCCUCAUCACCGUGCUGGGCCUGCUGCACGGCCUGGUCUUGCCAGUGGUCCUCAGCUACGUGGGGCCUGAUGUCAAUGCAGCUCUGGUGCUGGAGCAGAAGCAGAUGGAAGAGGCCCCCAAGGCCAGCAUGGCCUCCUGCCCGAGCCACCCGGGCCCGACAUCCAAGGCCAGCAGCACCUAUGUCAACCACGGCUUUGAACAUUCCACCGAGAGCGGCCUUGACAGUUCUCUGCCCCGCAGUGGACACAAGUUCUGAUGAUCCCAGGGGCCACACAGGUUCCCUCGUAGGGGUCCCUUGACACGUCCUCCCACUCAGGGCCUGGGAGAGGCUGUCCCCACGGGGGUGCCUGUGGUUGGACCUUCCCUGGCCACCAGGUCGUACCCACAAGGACAUGAUUAGGCUGAAGACGGCAUGUGGCAGCAUGGGUGUGACCUGUUCCUGUCUCUUGAACUUGGCGUUGUGUCGUCCUCCUGCAAGUUUUUGAACUUCAAUUCCAUGUAUUAUAUAUAAACAAUAUAUAGUAUUAUUUCACAUUUAAAAAUGUUUCAUAAAUGGAAUCAUACUUGACGUUCACUUUCCCAGUGAGUUUCCCAGGCUACACGCAUGUUAGAUUUGUUCACGUGGGGCCCUGUAGACCUUGCCCAGUUGUCGUGGCGGCCCCACCGGAUUCCCCUGUGUGAACCAACACAGUGGUUUUAUCCCUUCCCCUGCUGGUGGGCACGGUGAUCCCAGUGACUUUUCCACUCUGGCUCCAUAAUCGCUCAUGUGGAAUUCACAAAUCCCCAAAUCUCUGGAAAUCUAGUUUGUCCCCUUUUUCUUUUGUAAGUUUGGGACAAACUCAUUUGGUGGCAAAAACAGACCAGACAAGAUGUGUCUUUUUAUACGCUUCAUGAAUGGGGUAUGUAUACCCUUUGCCGUCCUUGAUGGGAGCGGUCAUCGAUCCCGCACGUCGAUGAGCCUAAUUGUGUUGUGUGCAGCCAUAGGCCCUGAUGGGGUGUAUUAUCUAAAGCAGGGUAACCAUCCUAUUACUUUUCUAAAAACCUAAGUCCUGAAAUUCAUCUCACCUAUGGGAUUUCAGGAACAGAGCAGAAACCUCUAUGAAGCUGAGUAUGUAUUUGCACAUUUCCUUGUGUAUAUGCGGGAGAGCUACCUGGAGGCGGUGUUGGCGAGGUAACGUACGGGUACAGACAAAGCCUCCCCAAAGUUGCUGCCCUCUUCACACUCCCACCAGCAGUGGAUAAAGGGGCCUUCUUCCCUGGUCCACCACCAGCGCCGUACAUCCCACUUGCUCUUUGGGGGAAAGGGCAGGAUUAUGGAUGAUUAGCAUUUUUUAAAAUGCAUUUUUAAAAAGCAAACUUUUAAAAAUUUUGGAAUAGUUUUAGAUUUACAGAAAAAUUGCAAAGAUAGUACAGAGAGUUCCUAUAUACCUCACACCCAUUUUACCUGAUUAACAUAUUAUAUUAGCAUAGUACAUUCAUCAACCCACAAUUCAUAAACCAGUGUUGAGAAUUUCUACUCAAGUCCUUGUUUUAUUUAGAUUUCCUUAGACUCUACCUGGUGUCCCUCUUUCUGUCCUAGGAUCCCAUGCAGGAUAGUGUAUGGCAUUUAGUUGUUAUGUCUAUUAGGCUUUCGGCUGUGACAGUUCCUGAGACUUUCCUUGUUUGCGAUGACCUUGACAGUUUCCAGGAGGACUGGCCAGGCAUUUUGUAGAAUGUCCCUCAAAUGGGGUUUGUCUGGUGUUUUUCUCCUAACUAGGCUGAGGUUAUGGGUUUUUGGCCGAGAGACCAAGAGGUGGAGCGCCCUUCUCAGCAGAUCAUAUAAAGGGUGCGUGCUACCCCCAUGAUUUCCUACUAAUGGCAUUACCUAUCGCCCCCUGGCCGAGGUCGUGUCUGUCAGGCGUCUCCUCCGUACAGUUACCCUUCCCCCUUCCAUGUUGUUGGUGUUGUGAUCUUUGGAGGGAAGUCACUGUGCGUGGCCCACACUUAGGGAGUGGGGAGUUAUGUUCCAUGUCCUGGAGGGCAGAGUGCUUACACAAAUUAUUUGGAAUUCUUCUCGACAGGAAAAUUGUCUAUUUCCCUCCAUAUGUUUCUUUAUUCAGUAUGAUAUAUACCGUAUAUACCCAUGGAUAUUCAUUUUGUAGUGUGGGUUCUCAUAUGAUAGUACUUCAUUUUGUUGCUCCGACUGUUCCAGCUUGGGCCAUUAGGAAGCUCUCUCUGUUGGCUCCUAUGUCCCUUUGUCAUACUCCCAUCCUGGAGGGUUUUUCCUUUUUCCUUGCCCCUUGGAGCUACUAGCAAGUUGGUUCAGGUUCAGCUUGUAUAUUUUCUUUUUUUAACACAUUUUUUAAAAGAUUUUAUUUAUUUAUUUGACAGAGACAGAGACAGCCAGCGAGAGAGGGAACACAAGCAGAGGGAGUGGGAGAGGAAAGAAGCAGGCUCAUAGCAGAGGAGCCUGAUGUGGGGCUCGAUCCCAUAACGCCGGGAUCACGCCCUGAGCCGAAGGCAGACGCUUAACUGCUGUGCCACCCAGGUGCCCCUAGCUUGUAUAUUUUCUGCCCCAGUCCUAGAGUCAGCCAUUUCUCCAAGGAGUCCUGGCCCUUCAGUUAGAGAUGGGAUUGGAACCCAGGAUCUGGCGCUUGGUGUGCACUUUGCUGCUGGGGCAUUGUUGCUCUUGGGCUCUCUCAGUCAAGAGAGCAACGAAAUAUAUGUGUGUAAAUGGACGCACCUAUGUACCCAUUUCUUUUUUCUUUUCUUUUUUUUUUUUUAAAGAUUUUAUUUAUUUAUUUGACAGAGAUAGAGAUAGCCAGCGA